AGUGGAUAUACUAUUGAAACAUUUUGAAAUCUUUUGGAUGAUGGUGGACAUGAAUUAUGCAUAUUCAUAAUUCUUUGGAUUUGGUCAACUCUUUGCACCUUUACCCAGUGUUUCACCUGUUCCGUCACCAUGCAGGCGUGAUUAACAAUGACCGGGCCAAAAUCUUGCACAGCGACUGUGAGCGAAUGGUCUUGCUCUUUGCCGAACAGCCCUACUCAGAGCCGGUGAUGAAGUUGCCUGCUGCGAAGAGGCAGCGGGUGGAUGCAUUGACCUUGGACCUCACACGUGUCCACGCGGCAGAGGCCUUUGAUUGGACAGCCACACCCUUGGAGAUGCUAACUUUGGAGGUGGAGCGCCUCCCUGAACCACCGGACAGCUCUGAUUGGGCCGUCGCAGUGCCAGCGCUGGACGAAGCGGCGGGCUCGCUGCUGGUCACGAACUUCUUCCCCGAGCAGCCGAUGCCUGCAGAGCCGCAGACGGAGAUGCACGAGCCGCCACCCGCGCAAGUGGAGGUGCCAGGCGGACAGCCCGGGUCAGCGCUUGAGAUGGCAGAGCCUGACAUGGAUAAUGCUUUGGAGCGGCUCGAGCCUCGAAGGCCCAAACGGAGGCGCCGACUUCCGAUCCCCGGACAUGUCCUGGGCGUGGACGAGACCAUGGAGCUGCCAGAAGCUCACGUCGAGGUCGGAGCCUUGACCUCCAAGAUGUUAACCACCUACUCCGAAGAGCUUCUUGAGAG